CCAGCCUUGUUGCUCUCCUCUGGACCUGCUCCAGCCCCUCCAUGUCCUUCCUGAGCUGAGGGCCCAGAGCUGGACACAGCACUCCAGGGGUGGCCUCACCAGCGCUGAGUCCAGGGCAGGAAUCCCUUCCCUGGCCCUGUUGGCCACCCUGUUCCUGAGCCAGGCCAGGAUCCAUUGGCCCUCUUGUCCCCCUGGGCACACUCUGGCUCCUGUUCAGCUCCCUGUCCAUCCCCACUCCCAGCUCCCUUCCUGCCUGGCUGCUCUCCAGCCCCUCUGGCCCAGCCUGCAGCUGCAGGGGGUUGUUGUGGCCAAAGGGCAGGACCCGGCCCUUGGCCUGCUUGAACCUCAUUGCCACGCGUGUGCCUCACCACGUGUGUGCUGUGCCAUGCGUGUGCUGGGCCAUGUGUGUGCUGUGCCAUGCGUGUGCUUUGCCGCGCAUGUCCCUGCCCGUGUGUGUCCCUCUCCCUGUCCAUGUCCCUCUCCACGCGUGUCCCAGCCCAGGCCGCUGUUGCCCAGGCCGCUGUUGGCGGGGAUUCCCGCCGGGAGCAGCGGAACUCGGCGGGUUGUUUCUCCGCAGGGCGGGCGGCGGAGCCCCCCCGCUCCUCCUCCUUCCCUGCCGCUUUCGCUUUCGCUUCCCCCCCGGGCCGGGGAGGCCCGAGCCGAGCUCCCCGAGCUCUUGGGCCUCCUCCCGGCGGGACCCCCGUCCCGGCAGGACCCUCCUCCCGGCGGGACCCCCGUCCCGGCAGGAACCUCCUCCCGGCGGGACCCCCGUCCCGGCAGGACCCUCCUCCCGGCGGGACCCCCGUCCCGGCAGGAACCUCCUCCCGGCGGGACCCCCGUCCGGGCGGAGCGGCGGCCAUGGCAACAGGAAGAGCUGCCAAAUCCACAAGGACAGUUGUCAUUGCUGGUGUCCCAGAUGGCCUUCUGCAGGAUGAUGUCAUGGCUGACAUCCUCACCAUCCACUUCCAAAAGUCGAGGAAUAACGGUGGAGACGUGGCAGAAGUGACUUAUCCCACAGGGAAUAGAGGAGUCGCCUACGUAACCUUUGAAGAUCAAGAAGUUGUGGAGAGUGUCCUGAAGAAGGGUGACCAUCAACUGGAAGACAAGAGGCUGUCCCAGCCCUAUCCCCUGAGAGUGACCCCUUACUGUGAAAAGGUCUUCAGCUCUGUCACAUCUGUCCUCAACAUGGCUGUUUUCAAAGACCAGUUUGUUUUAGAAGAUCUGGUGGAAGAAAUGAAAAAGCAGAGCAGGGAUUUGCGCUUCGGGCCGUUGCAGUCCGACGGGCAGAUUGCUGUCCAAGGCUCCUUUCCAGCCAUCAAAGUGCUCAGAGACUUUCUCUUACUAAAAGCAAAAUCCCUCUCAGAGAAGGACAACAGAGAGGAAAGUAAAUCCCAUCAGAGACUGAGGAGGAGGCUACAGGAAGACAGAAGGACCAUGGAGAGGAGGAAUUUUGUUCCUGAUGGAGAUGGGGGAAAACAAGUGGUUGUUCUUGACACAGAUAUAUAUCACUACAUGAAGCACUUCUUUCCCUGGAUAUUCCAAGAAAAUGAUGUUGCAAUUUCUGCUGUCACUGAUGGUGAUAUAACUACAGUGUGUGUGGAGAAUGCUGGAAGGGCUGAUGCUGGACAGGUAUCGAGUGUCAAAAAGAAAAUUGAAGAUCAGUCCAUAAAACUCCACAGCAUUUUACGGAAAAUAAGGGUCUCCUUCAAGGAAUGCCCCAGAGAUGAAAAGCAGAGACACAAAUGGCUGUGUGAAAGGCUAAAAUCCUCUUACCCUCAGGUUUUGGUCAUUCCUCAUGAUGCCCACGCUGAGGUGAUAGGAUUUUCUUCAGACAUUUUUGAGUUGACCAAGGAAAUGAGCAGUAAGAGUCUCACCAGGUAGAAGGUGAGUGUUCAGAUCUUUGCUCUCUGUGCUCCUCACACAGAUUGUGGCACUGCAGAUCUCCCACUGUGUGGCUGAGAGGGGAACUCUGCACAUGAGGGUGGACAGGCCUGUUCCCCCCAAAGACCAGAUUAAGUUCAGGACAGGAAACCAUUGCUCUCUGCCUCACUCAUGAGCUCAGAGGCCGAAGAAGUCAAGCCUCUUCUACCCAGAAACAGCCUCAUUUUCCUUGUGUUGGCUCAAUGCACACUCAUUCCAUCUUGCUGGCAGGGAGCACGUGGUAAGAAAAGAGAUUUUUUUUUCAAGAGGGUGACAAAGCAGGGCCAGCCAACCUGGUGGGAGGCACUGCAGUGAGGGUGUGUUCCUUUGUGCAGGCAGGUGACCACUGCAAAAAGCAGUGGGGGCCUUUUCCUGUCACCUGGAUCUGCAGGAGAACCUUCUCGUCCCCGAGAUGCACAAAGAGAGCUUUGACACCUGACAGAACUAAAUGCAUAUUAAAUUCACAGCCUUGUCAUGUCCUGAGAAAGGCCUGAGAAUAUGGCAUGGGGAGGUUUUCACAGUAGAAAAUAGGCAGGUUUGUCUUCAUGGGAGCAGUAAUGUUUCUUUUCCAGCUGUAAUGGCUUCUGCAGCAUCUCUUGACAACAUGUUAUUUAGACAUGAAUGUCCAAAGGUUUGAUGUGAAAAUCCUGGGGCAUUUGGACUUUUGAAUCAGGUUCUGUUUAGGCAAAUCUAUUUCUAUAUCCUAUUGCAAGGGUCCAAUUUUUUGGGUCCAAAGGUUUUUUUUUUAUAUAACCAGUUUAGAAAAUAGCUCUUAUUUUGUGGUAUCAGCGUGUCCAGACUGUUUUGUCAAAUCACACAGAGCACUUUUGUCUGAUGUGCAGAAAAGUUUUAGGGUUUUAUGCCAUUAAAGAAGUUACUUGCACAAAA